CGGGGCCUGGCGGUGCUGACGCCUGAGCUGGUAGGGGUGGAGCAGGUAGGAAACAGCAAAUGCAGAAGCUGCUGCGCGGGAGUCGGCCAUGGACUGGAAAGAAGUUCUUCGUCGGCGCCUAGCGACGCCCAACACCUGUCCAAACAAAAAAAAAAGUGAACAAGAAUUAAAAGAUGAAGAAAUGGAUUUAUUUACAAAAUAUUACUCCGAAUGGAAAGGAGGUAGAAAAAACACAAAUGAAUUCUAUAAGACCAUUCCCCGGUUUUAUUAUAGGCUGCCUGCUGAAGAUGAAGUCUUACUACAGAAAUUAAGAGAGGAAUCAAGAGCUGUCUUUCUACAAAGAAAAAGCAGAGAACUGUUAGAUAAUGAAGAAUUACAGAACUUAUGGUUUUUGCUGGACAAACACCAGACACCACCUAUGAUUGGAGAGGAAGCGAUGAUCAAUUACGAAAACUUUUUGAAGGUUGGUGAAAAGGCUGGAGCAAAGUGCAAGCAAUUUUUCACAGCAAAAGUCUUUGCUAAACUCCUUCAUACAGAUUCAUAUGGAAGAAUUUCCAUCAUGCAGUUCUUUAAUUAUGUCAUGAGAAAAGUUUGGCUUCAUCAAACAAGAAUAGGACUCAGUUUAUAUGAUGUCGCUGGGCAGGGGUACCUUCGGGAAUCUGAUUUAGAAAACUACAUAUUGGAACUUAUCCCUACGUUGCCACAAUUAGAUGGUCUGGAAAAAUCUUUCUACUCCUUUUAUGUUUGUACAGCAGUUAGGAAGUUCUUCUUCUUUUUAGAUCCUUUAAGAACAGGAAAGAUAAAAAUUCAAGAUAUUUUAGCAUGCAGCUUCCUAGAUGAUUUAUUGGAGCUAAGGGAUGAGGAACUGUCCAAGGAGAGUCAAGAAACAAAUUGGUUUUCUGCUCCUUCUGCCCUAAGAGUUUAUGGCCAGUACUUGAAUCUUGAUAAAGAUCACAAUGGCAUGCUCAGUAAAGAAGAACUCUCACGCUAUGGAACAGCUACCAUGACCAAUGUCUUCUUAGACCGUGUUUUCCAGGAGUGUCUCACUUAUGAUGGAGAAAUGGACUAUAAGACCUACUUGGACUUUGUCCUUGCAUUAGAAAACAGAAAGGAACCUGCAGCUCUACAAUAUAUUUUCAAACUGCUUGAUAUUGAGAACAAAGGAUAUCUGAAUGUCUUUUCACUUAAUUAUUUCUUUAGGGCCAUACAGGAACUAAUGAAAAUCCAUGGACAAGAUCCUGUUUCAUUUCAAGAUGUCAAGGAUGAAAUCUUUGACAUGGUAAAACCAAAGGAUCCUUUGAAAAUCUCUCUUCAGGAUUUAAUCAACAGUAAUCAAGGAGACACAGUAACCACCAUUCUAAUCGAUUUGAAUGGCUUCUGGACUUACGAGAACAGAGAGGCUCUUGUUGCAAAUGACAGUGAAAACUCUGCAGACCUUGAUGAUACAUGAUCUCUGAAAGACUAGACUGUCUUAUAUUAAGAGAUACUUGAAUGCUGCAUGUAAAGCCUUUAAAGCAAAAUCCUCAGAAAUGGUCUAAAUAAAACACUUGAUAUGCCUAGAGAACACAGCAAA